AUUUUAGCUAAUGUUGGCAGUAUUGAAUUCUGUUGUUUUCUAUUAAAGACAGAGUUGUUUCAAAAUGUAAUUAUAGCAUUGCCUUUAGUAAACAAAAAUUGGUGGAAGAUAACACGUUUUCUCUCGUUAUUUUUAAGUCAUGGAAACGGAACCAUCUUUUCCAGAUGGAUCGGCGGUCUCUGCAGCCGACAAUUCUGGUGGUACAGAAUUGAAUCAACCAAUGGAUACAGAACAGCCUGCACAUAAUGAUUCAUCUUUAAUGAAUAAUGAAUCAACAAAUAUGAAAGAAUCCAGCAGCGGUCCGAUUGGCGAGCAAAUGGAUACCCAGAAUCCUGGCGAUAUAUCUUCGCAAGAAACUCCCGCUUCUUCGAGCGAUUCUUUGCCGAUUACUGGUAAUGCUGCUGUUAAUUGUGGUGCAUCAGAAACUAAUCAAGAGAACUUGGCUACUUUAGCAGCUGUUUCUACUGGUAAUUUAUCCGUACCUACAGACACUAACUCUGCAAAUCAGCCUUUAGAGGCUUCAGUUUCCAAGUCAGAAAAAUCAACUGACAAAACUCCUUUGCCUCUUGUAUCUAACACUUCAAUGAAUCUGAAAACACCUCAAGAUGAAGAAGAUGUGAAAUGGCAUACUGUAGGCAUAUUUAAUGGUUUAUCUACGACUGUCAAUAACUACAUAGAUAAUUUAGAAUGGAAUUCAUCAGGCUUUAAUCUAAAUUCGGACAAUUUACCAGAUUUGUCAAAAUACCAACGUAUUAAUCUAGAACCCGGCACAGCCUACCGUUUUCGUAUCAGAGCUAUUAAUUCGGUGGGUGCGAGUGAAUGGAGUGAAAUUUCCAGUUUUAAAACAUGUUUACCCGGUUUUCCGGGAGCUCCUUCUGCAAUUAAAAUAUCGAAAUCAUCGGAGGGUGCCCAUUUAACUUGGGAACCGCCCCCGAGCUGCAUGAGUUCUAAUGAAAUCGUAGAAUAUUCCGUUUAUUUGGCCGUUAAAUCAAAUAAAGAAAAAGAAGGCAAAGCUAGCCAACGUAUGCCGGCGCAAUUAGCUUUCGUACGUGUUUAUGUGGGCGCAGCUAAUCAGUGCACUGUUUCUCACAUUUCAUUGGCACAAGCUCACGUGGAUUGCUCUAAUAAACCGGCUAUAAUAUUUCGAAUUGCAGCACGUAAUGAAAAGGGCUAUGGACCGGCCACUCAAGUCAGGUGGCUGCAGGAUCCGGUACAAGGUUUAAACGCCACUGGUCUGGGACAAGGUAGUUUACUUUCACCUACACGGAUAAAACCAGAAUUAGGAGGUGCAUCACCCAGCAAACGGUUUAAAGCAGCCACUGGAGCUGCACCAAAUCGCUUAAUGCUACCGCCAGGAGCUGAAAAUUAGUUACUAAGCUGAUAGAUUAUCGAUUAAGAAUAACAUUUCGUUCUAUUUUACUUCUUAUUGAGAAUUGAUUAACUUUCUUUUUUAUAUUUGUUUACUUGCGUACCGAAAUAGUUUUUACAAAAGCAGGAAAUCUUAAAAAAAUUAAAUCGGGAUAACGGAAAAGACAAGUGUUUUCGCUAACCAAAAUUACAAUUUU